GGAUCGCCAGCGAGAUCCUGAGGCGAGGCUCGCGCGCCCGCCCCCGCCCUGGCCCCCAGCUCCCACCCGGUCGGCCCGGCUCAGCCAUGAUCAAGGCGAUCCUCAUCUUUAACAACCACGGGAAGCCGCGGCUCUCCAAGUUCUACCAGCCCUACAGUGAAGAUACACAACAGCAAAUCAUCAGGGAGACAUUCCAUUUGGUAUCUAAGAGAGAUGAAAAUGUUUGUAAUUUCCUAGAAGGAGGAUUAUUAAUUGGAGGAUCUGACAACAAACUGAUUUAUAGACAUUAUGCAACAUUAUAUUUUGUCUUCUGUGUGGAUUCUUCAGAAAGUGAACUUGGCAUUUUAGAUCUAAUUCAAGUAUUUGUGGAAACAUUAGACAAGUGUUUUGAAAACGUCUGUGAACUGGAUUUAAUUUUCCAUGUAGACAAGGUUCACAAUAUUCUUGCAGAAAUGGUGAUGGGGGGAAUGGUAUUGGAGACCAACAUGAAUGAGAUUGUUACACAAAUUGAUGCACAAAAUAAACUGGAGAAAUCUGAGCUGGAGGACAGAAAAAGCUGAGGAUCAGGCCCAGGCCUUAACUGUAAGAUUGGCAAAGUUCAAGAGAAGAUUGGAUUCCAGCCUCAUCAUGUCUGCUAAGCCAAGCCUGGGAGGUCAGAAAUCCGAAAUCAGUUUCGCAGCACUAAAGUCAAAGUGUUGGCAGGGCAAGAACUUCAGUCCUAUAACUGCUAGGAACUGAAUUCUGCCAGCGGUGAGCUUAGAAGAGGAUUGUGAGCCUCAGAUGUGAUAGCAACCCAGACUGAAAUGUUGACUGCAGCCUUGUGGGACCCUGAAUCGAGGACUCCUUCAAGCUGUGCCUGGACUCCAGACCCAUGGAAACUCCAAAGCCACACUUUAUUGAUUAAACCUGACAAUCCUGACGGAUCCAUCAAGCACAAUAGCACUAGUAUGAAUGUUUCUUCAGCCCUUGCUAUGGACCAGGCACUGUGCAAAUCUCUUCAUCUAGAUGAUUUCAGUUAAUCUUCGCCUAUCACCCUCUGAAACUUUCAUUAUGGUCCAGCUGAACCAGCUGCUGCCCCUCUCCUUGUAAACUUCAGGUUACAUCCCGGAAGAACUGGAGGAGAAUCAGUUUCCCAUGUAGCAGCUAUUGGAGGAUGGAUAGUGGAGCUGAUACUGUAACUGGAGACAGAGGAGAAAGGCUGAGACAGACCAUGCAAUCAGAUAACUUCAAGGAAGGAUGAGAUCAGUUCAAGAAGAUCAACAUGCAGAAUGAAAGAAUUGAAAAUAAGAAGUUACCUGCAUUUCAAAAAGGUGCAGUUGAAGUGCUGGUGAGGCAGUUUUGAACAUGUGGACAAAGACCGCCUCCCUGGGGGAUGGAUGAUGUCACAGAAGAGAACCACCUGCCUAUCUUGGAACCUCCACUUACCACUGGGCUAUAAUGUGAAGAAAUAAAUUUCUGUUUUGCUGCAGCCACUGCUUUUUUGGAUCCAUUUGUUAUAGCAGCUUAGCCUAAACCUUAACUAAUAAUGCAUCAAGGCUUAUUUCAAAGUCAUACAUGACAAUUGACUGUUUUGUGCAAAUUUGUCUGAGAAGCUCUCCUGUAAUCCCUAACUUCCCAUCUAAAUAAACAGAUGACCAAAUAAAAUAUUUUAUUGAAAAUCA